AUGGAGAUUGAGAGCAUUAAGACGUAUAAGAAAGACCUUUUGGACGAAAUCCAGAAGUUAAAGAUGGAGAUCGACAACGUGAUGGCCGAGGUACUCAGCUUUGAGUUUGCGGAGGAAAAGGGAUUUCCAGUCAGGGGGUCAAUGCAGUCACCUACAGUAUGUAGGAAACCGAGAGGGAAUCCGGUACCUGGUGGAAAACAAGCUGCUGGGUGGAAGUGCUCAGUCCAUCGCCGAGUUCCUCUACAAGGAGGAGGGGCGAUAAAAAACAAAACGGCGAUAGGGGAAUUUCUUGGAGAAAGGGAGGAGCUCCACCUCCAGACCCUGAAGGCCUUUGUGGAGCUGCACGAGUUCUCUGACCUCAACCUGGUCCAGGCCCUGAGCCUCCACAACCCCAACGUGAAGGACAGGACCACGCUGGACCGCUUCAAUUCCAUGAACAGAGGCAUCAACAACGGCGAGGACCUGCCCGAUGAUCUGCUCUCGAAACUGUACGAGAGCAUUCGUAGUGAACCCUUCAAAAUUCCAGAGGACGACGGGAACAAUCUGACUCACACUUUCUUCAACCCCGACAGAGAAGGAUGGCUUUUGAAACUGGGAGGCCGAGUGAAGACGUGGAAGAGGCGAUGGUUCAUCCUGACCAGUGUUGGGAACGUUACUUAAAAAAAAAAGUAAUUCGUUAUAGUUACUCACUACUUGUUCCAAA